UAGGCAAUACGGACAGAGUGGCGAUUUUCGAGCCCAGCCAUGGGCGGAUCAUGGCAUGGGGUCCAGGUUCCGACGGUCAAAGGCCACGGCAGCGCCUGCGAAGCCAUCAGACGGAUGGGGCUGGAUUCGCGGCGACGACGUGGAGGCCGCGGUGGCGGAGCAGCACCGCCUGGGCGCGCAGACGGCUUUGCUGGGCCAAGGCGCCGAGGGCUUCGUGGACCACGAGUUCCCGGCGCAGAGCCGCGCCAUCGACGGCCUGGUGCCCCCGGUGAAGCGGGGCCAGGAGGCCCUGCUGGAGCUGCUGACGGCGGAGAAAGACGAGGACUCGGAAGAGGAGGACUUUGUCGCCAGCGCGCCGCGCUGCUUCUGCGGGCGCCGGAGCCGCCAGGGCCGGGUGCAGCUGAAGAUGGGCGCCGUGGCGCGGCGGCCCUUCUUCCGCUGCGGCACCAGGAGCUGCCGGUUCUUCGGGUUCGGUGAGUUGGGUCCCUCCAGGGAGGCCGUGGCCGUCACCUGGGCGCGGCUCCGCACCAACGUGGUGUCUGGCCUGGUGGUGGUGGGCAGGGACGGGUUCCGGCCGGAGGACGCCAGGCUGGGGCAGCAGUCGGAGUCUUUGGGCGACGCCCUGUUCGUAGAGGCGGUGGCGGUUUUGGCCGAACGCCCCAGAGCGCUGGAGAAGCUGCUGGCGUACAGCUGGACGGCCUCCGGCUGCCAUGAGGUGCGGCUGUGCAUCGCGGGGCUCUGGCGCGCCUCCUUCGUGGAUGAGCGCUUUCCCAUGAGCGCCUCCUCUGCCAAGAACUUGCACGAGUCCUUGGCCUUCGGGCGAUGUGCGGGGAACCAGCUUUGGAUCCCUUUGCUGGAGAAGGCCUAUGCCAAGGCAUUCUCCGCUUACCAGUUUGCCUUCCCAGGUACGGCCUUGCACUCCUUUCUCGAGGAAUUGACUGGUGCAGUUGUAGAGCGGGUGGUGCUACAGCCGAGCCGUAGCAGCCGCAGCCGCAGCAAGAACCAAGAGCUGGAUGCUUCAGAGCUAUGGGAGUUCUUGCAGCAACAGCAGCAGCGGGGCUCCCUCAUGGCGUGCAGUGCCAGAAGCUCGCUGCCAGGCUGCUCCUCCGUCUUUGCCGUCUUGGAUGUGUCGGCCAGGCAGGUCCGCCUGAGGAACCCCCGGGUCGCCAGCUCCGGCUCCUACGAGACGGCCUUGGCGGUGCUGUGCGGCAGAUCCGCGGAGGCGUCCACCUAUGCGGAUGGCUCGUUCUGGGUGGAUUUCGAGGACUUCCCGGACAGCUUCUCCCAGGUCUGCGUCUGCCACGCGGCAUCUGCGGGCGGAAACCUGGCCCACAUGCAGACCUUUGAAGGGGACUUCACCGCGGACAACCUGGGCGUUCGGGGCUGCUCCCUGCGGGUGGCGGGGGCCGGGGAUCUGUGGAUCUCCUGCCUCCAGCCAACUCCACGGGGCGCGCGUUUGCUGCAGCCAUCCAUGGGUCAUGUCUUGAACGACCUGGGCCUGGUGGCCAUCUCCGAGGCCGGCGCGGUGCUGGCGGUGGCCUUCGGCGGGUCGACGGAGCGCUUCAGCUGCCGCCUGGCGCUGCAGGGGGCGCUGCAGCUCUUCCCCGUGAGCUUCCGGGGGUGGCCCGGACCUGUGCGGCUGCGGCUGCAAUCCACUGAGCCUUUGAUGGUGCAGCCGGCGGAGAUGCCGCAAGGCCUCUGGGGUUUGCUCUGGGGUUUGAGUCGGUCCCCUGACUCGGGAGCCUUGCGGGGUGAGAGCAGCCGUCUGCAAAUUCCUGGCGAAGGGGACUUGGAGCUGCUGAUUUGGAGGCUGGAGGGGGCUGCCUUGCUGGUGGUGGACAACCCCAGCUCGCAGGCAGUUGUGGUCCAGGGCCUGGUGAAAGGGAACUUUGUGGUGACACAGACAGCCCGGGGCCCGCAGCAAGGCGAGUGGUGUGAGCAAAACGAGACAAGCUUUGCAGCCGGAUCGGUGACGCAAUGGCGCCAGUAUGCGGUGGAGGAUAUCGUGCCGGCUGCGUGCCGCCAGCUUUGCUCGGUACAUUUCGCGGUGAACUUGGACUGGGAUCUGGAGGUUUUAUCGGUGCAAGCCAGCGAGGCCCCUGCGGGUAUGCUGGGGUCUCGGCCCAAGACCCAUCCUUUCGCUCCUCAGUUCAUUGCCACCAAGCGAUGGGCGACUGAGAAGAAUUUGACUUCGGAUGCGGAGGACGCAGAGCUGCAGCUGGCGCUGGCGCUGUCCCUCUCAGAGACCACCACAAAGCGCUGGGCCCGGCGCAACAUGCGUGCGCAGGUCGCUGUGGCUGAGGUUGCUGAGGUCACUGAGGUUACCGAGGUCGCUGCGGAGCGGUGCGCGGUGUGCAUCGAGCCCGUGGUGGCGCGGGCGCCUGUCUCGUGCUGUGCGCAGCUGUGCCGGUCCUGCGCCCAGCUCUGGGCAGAGGAGCAGGAGUCCCAGGGGCUUGCAGCUCAUGAGAUCUCCUGCCCCCUCUGCAGCCAGAGAGUCCCGGACUCGGCGCUGCCUGAGCUCUUGAGCGCGGCAGCUCUUGGCCGAGCUCGUGCGCGACUGAACAGGGCCUCGGUCCCAGCCGUGCCCGACACCCUCCCCAGCAGGACCUUGGCGCGGCUUGGCCUCAAGAAGUGCCCUGGCUGCGGGGAGGGUCUGCAGAAGGAGUCGGAGACCUGCCACAAAAUGAUCUGCCGCAGCUGCCGCGCGCGCUUCUGCUUCAGGUGCUUGGCCAGGUUGGAGUACUUCAACUGCGGCUGCUCCGGCGCAGAACACCGCUUUGUUGAUCCGCUGGAUGGUCGUAUCCUGACACACCAGCCAGAGACAGGCAGAUGAACAGCGUCGCCAAAAGGGGAACGGACACUGAAUUUGUAGAAGGUGUA